AUGAACACGAUAACGAAGGAAAUCCAAAAGCAGCAUCCGUGGACUCUACUCUUUGCCGACGAUGUCAUGCUCGCGGCGGAGUCUCGAGAUGAUCUUCACAAACAAGUACAGUCUUGGAAGGGUCAGCUGCAGCAAUAUGGAUUGCGCCUCAACACAUCAAAAACUGAGUACAUGGAGUGCGGACCAAGGAUAGAGGAUGGUUCAGUUCGUGUCGAUGGCACCGAAUUAAACAAGGUGAACUGUUUCAAAUACCUUGGAUCCAAAGUGACUUCCACAGGCGACACUGAUCAAGAAGGUCGAGCACGUGUUAAUGCUGCAUGGAUGAAGUGGAAAAUGGCAACAGGAGUGCGACAAGAAAGUCCCUGUGCGCUCCAUCUUCGGCGUCGUCCCGAUAACUGA